AUGGACGAAGAUUACGACGUUAUUGUUCUAGGUACAGGGCUUACCGAAUGUAUAUUGUCUGGGUUACUCUCUGUUGAGGGUAAGAAGGUUUUGCAUAUUGAUAGGCAGGACCAUUAUGGUGGAGAAUCAGCAUCGGUAACCCUUUCUCAGCUUUAUGGUAAGUUCAAGCAGAAUCCAUUGUCAAAGGAGGAAAUUGAGGGUAGGUUUGGUCGGGACCGUGAUUGGAACGUAGACUUGAUACCCAAGUUCUUGAUGGCGAAUGGGGAAUUGACGAACAUUCUUGUGCACACGGAUGUGACGAGGUAUGUGGAGUUCAAGCAGGUGAGUGGGUCUUAUGUGUAUAACAAGGGUAAGGUUUACAAGGUUCCAGCAAAUGAGAUGGAAGCAAUUUCAUCGCCAUUUAUGGGCAUAUUUGAGAAGAGGAGGAUGAAGAAGUUUCUUGAAUGGAUUGGAGAUUAUAAGGAAGACGACAUAAAGACCCAUCAGGGGUUGGAUUUGGACAACAACACGAUGGAUGAGGUGUACUACAAGUUUGGUUUGGGGAGUAGCACGAAGGAUUUCAUUGGCCAUGCCAUGGCGUUGUGGACCAAUGAUGACUACCUUCAGCAACCAGCAAGACCGACUUUUGAGAGAAUUGUCUUGUAUGUGCAGAGUGUAGCCCGCUACGGCAAGUCUCCGUAUCUCUACCCGUUAUAUGGUUUAGGUGAGCUCCCUCAAGGCUUUACUAGAUUGUCUGCUGUCUUUGGUGGCACCUACAUGUUGAACACACCUGUUGAAAAGGUGAUGUAUACGGAGGAUGGCAAAUUCCAAGGUAUUCUAACUAAAGAAGGAACUGCCAGAGCGCCAGUGGUCAUUGCGGAUCCAACUUACUUUCCAGAGAAGUGCCAAUCGACAGGACAAAAAGUGAUCAGAGCCAUUUGUAUUUUGGAUCACCCCGUGGCAAAUACUUCGAAUGCAGACUCGUGUCAAAUAAUCAUCUCGCAAUCUCAAGUGGGCAGAAAGAACGACAUCUACAUUGCCGUGGUAUCCGACACUCAUCACGUAGCCUCCAAGGGCCAUUACUUGGCUAUCGUAUCAACCAUAAUCGAGACGGACAAACCUCAUAUUGAACUAGAGCCUGCCUUCAAGAUUCUUGGCAACAUUGAGGAACGUUUUAUGGGUAUUGCUGAGAUUUUCGAACCUAAAGAAGACGGCUCAAAAGACAACAUCUAUUUGUCCAAGUCUUACGAUGCUUCCUCACAUUUUGAGUCCAUGACAGAUGAUGUCAAGGACAUCUACUUCAGGGUUACCGGACACCCAUUAGUCUUGAAGAAAAGAGAAACGGUUGAAUCCGAGCAGUGA